AUUUGAAUAAGGAAUACUGGCGAUAUGCUUUUUAAGGGGACAGCACACGAAAAUUAUAAUACAGAGUAUUAAAAGAACCGCUCUUUAAAGGAACUGAAUUAUCUUAGUGUAUUUUACAUCACAAGCACUCUCGGUCCGUUGGGGAGUCCGUCCCACUGUACUUGGAGAAUGCUGCCAUGCAUUAAUCAUAAAUUUCAUUCAGUUGUGCGACAGAAGUUCCCUUCUAAUGUUUUCUUCAACAUAACAAAGUCCCACGGUAACAAAAGCGCUGAGGCCAGGAUCGUUAAUUGCAAUGUGGGGAAUGCAGACCAGCUGGGGUGGGGGAUCGUGCUCAGUCACGGUAAAAGGCAAACGGGUAAAUUGUGAAUACGCUCUUAAUCUAACUACAGCUUCUUGAAUUGUGGGAGGCGUGUGUAACAUAACGUUGUUCCACAUACCAAUAUCACUACGUAUCGGUAUCGCAAAACAAAGUUUUAAAUGUUAAGAUUCUGUCAUUCUGAAAAUCUGAGUAUUUAAGACAUUAUGUUACAUAGCGAUUUGUGGAGAUAAAUGCCCUCGGACAGUAGCGUUCAUUUCAUAUUAAGUCUCUUUAAGUCAUUGUUUUAUGUUAUGCAGGAUGAAUGUGCGAAUUUUAAUUAAUCAUCCUUUAAGGGUUAUAUGCUUACGGUGUUGUAUACUAUUCUCGGUGAACAAGUUAACUUAUAAAAGUCUGUUCCUCUAAUUAUAGAAUAAUAUAUAGAAUAAUUAUACAAGAGCUAUAAUUAUUAUGAUGUUAUUAUUUAAUUGUGUGGGCCGUGUUGCUUGAUUACAUUUGACUCUUCGGCACGUGGGACGCUGCCGGUUUGAAAGACGCAGCUUCACUUGUUUUCUGCACCAAGAUGACGAGAAACAAACGAAUUGCAAAAGCUGUCAGCUGGAGCAACGAUCGAUACUGGGCAACUUGGGACAAGUGGAUGGAAGUGAUUGACUGGGAAGAUGAGGAAGAGCUGUGCUCCCCAGCAGAAUCACCCUCUGACCAGGCUGACCGUUCCAUCGUGUCACACACCCGAAAGCCAAUUGCCAAGGCAGUUAGCUGGACGGAUGAUGUGUAUUGGGCAGCCUGGGACAAGUGGGAUGAGAUCAUCUGCUGGGGUGAAGAAGGAGAGUGCUCCCCAGCAACUCCACCCAUCAACCAGCCUGGGAGGGAUAAGGGGUUAGACAUGCAUGGGUUAGAGGUUUUUCUGUUAAAUGAAAGGACAGUCUCCAUAAAGCCUGCAGAUGACCACCAAGACAGGCUGAAAAUAGGAGCCGUAGUGGUCGACCUCUGCCAGUUUGAGCUAGAUGGUGUAAAUGAUAAAUUUGAAAUUGUCGAAAUACAAAUUGGAGAGGUCAAAUUGGAGGAGACUGCAGAGAGGGGUUUUAAUUCAGAAUUUGAAUUGGAAAUUAUGGAUGUGGAGAUAGAGGUUGUAGACAGUGAAUUCCAGCUGAAUGCUCUUAAUUGGGAAAUUGCUGGAACUAAAGUGGACAAAUUAUUAGUGGAACACCUGAACAUAAAUAAUCUAGAAGCAGGCAGUACACAGGUGUCUGUGGCGGUGUCACCUUCAAUUUAA